UCUUUUAGUACAUAACCGACAGUUAAGACGGGUUUACACGGGUCAAGUAAACGGUCAAGUUGAGCAGUAAAGUCAAGUAUUUUUUUCUACUUGCAUUGUAUGAACAAUUUCGGUCAAGUAAAGUAGCGACUUGCGUCAAGUGACGAGGCAAGUCAAGUGGUUCUGCACGGUGAACAAGUAACUUCACUUGACUGCUACCCCCACUUCUACUUUAUCAUUGGAUCGCCACCUUGACCGUCUACUUUACCAAUGUAAACAGACAAAGCAACUAAGUAAACAAGUUCCUGCGCAUGGAAUGUGGAUUUGUACUGUCUGGGGUUUUUCAGAUUUCCUAUACAUUUUGAUCACAGAUAACCAAAUAAUUUUCGUGAUUUUGGUAUACUACGAAUUGUGAAUUGAGGUUUAAUUUGUACAAGAUGAAGUGGUCAGAAGAAGAAACCAUGCGUUUCGUUGAACUCUAUAGUGAAAAAGAGUGUUUAUGGAAGAAGAGUAGUGUAAAUUAUCGCAAUAAAAACAUGCGAAAAGCAGCAGAAGAGGACAUCGUGAACAGGAUGGGAAAGGAAGGUUUUGGAGUGACAGAAUUAAAGCAAAAAAUAGAUAAUGAGAACAACUUAUAAUCAGGAAGCGCUGAAAGUUAAAAAGUCUAAGAAAUCAGGAGGUAAGCCGGAUGAUAUAUACGUUCCAACUGUCAAGUGGUUCCGACAAAUGGAAGAAAUAAUGGAUAGCUCCACAGCUGAAAAUGAAACGGAAAGCAUAGAGACAGAAAUCGCUCCACCUAGCGAAAAUGAACAAGGUCUGCUAGAGGAACAAGUCAUUGAAGAACCAUCUCCAACUCUCUUGCAAACUCCUACAAGACCUUCGACCAGCAAAACAUGCUCCCGAGUAGAAUCGACCGGUAAGAAAGGUUCUCGAGUAGAAGCAGGAUCAAAAAAUAAAAAACCACGGCUACAAGCCUUAACUGAAGCUGUUGCAGAGGUCCGAAAAGCCCAGGAAACAUUAAUAACUUCUCAAUCCAUCAGUGACAAUGAAGCUUUUGGCAAGUUUAUUGCAGCCAGUUUAGAUAAACUGCCCCCUGCUGAUUCAAUCAUGGCGCAAGGUGCACUUCAAAGAGUGAUACAAAAAUAUCGAUUGAAUGCGUUAAAUAAGAGCAGUUCUGCUUCUGAGGCUUCCACAUUAACUGCAAUUCAAUCACCAACCCUUUCUAGGGAUUCACCUCCUGCAACUACUCCUGCAUACAGCACUGAUCAUCCGAUUAUGAACGAGGACACAGUUGCAAAUGAUGAUGCUGCUAUCGCAGAUAUUAUCUCGCAAGCAUAAAACUUGACAAACUAAAAUGUUACAAUUGGAUUUGUUUGUUUUUUAUUAAGAAGCCUAAAUGAAAAUUUAAAAAAAUAAAAAUUUAAAAAUGUUCUAUUAUUAUCUAUUCACAUACCUUUACAAAAUCCUUUAAGCAGUCGUACACAGCUUGACAAGCAAUGGGAAUCAUGAUAGAUAUCGCUGAUUUAGAAACUCGGAAGAGAUGAGAAAGGGUUCUAUAAUUAUUACCAGUUGCUAGGUAAUUUAAGGUUACUUCCAACAUUGUUUCUGGUUUGAUAGCGUCUCUCAUAAUAGUGUUCUCUCGUUGAAUUAAUGGAGUUAUUAAGCCUAACAAAUAGUCAAAUUUUUCAGCAGUCAUUCUGAGCAUCAUUCUGUAUUCUUUAGGAUCUUCAAACCUCAGCUCCCUUAUUAAAUUGGUGGAAGCCCCUUAACUUUCUCUACGUGUAAGCCAUUCUCGAC